UCGAGCUGGUUGGUUUUGUCUUCUCUCUUCGCUUAAAGAGUGCAUUUUCUUGUGUUAACAGUGCGUAAGAAACAGUGCAAAAAAAACAGAAAAACUGAUAUGUAAGAAAAGGGAAACUGCCGAAAUUUAUUUAUCCUGCGUAUAAACUUCAAUCGGAAAUUUUACAUCCAAGUCUCGCGAUUUUUACUUCUUUUUCCUUUCGUUUUGCCGGCGAAAACAAAAAGCGGCAAAGGAGAGGCGACAAAAACAAAACGCAAAGCGAAGCAAAAUGUGAAAAAUUGCCGAACAUGGCGCCGCGUGUGUGAAAGAGAGGAGAGAGAGACAGAGCGAAGAUAAACAAUAGAAACAAUUUUUGAUACUUAACGUUCUACAACAACAAUAAACUCAGCUCAGGUACAACAAAAAAAUAAAGAAACAGACUGCGUAACGGGAACUUUUUCGAAAUAUUUUUGAUACACACAGAAAGAGGUGUACCAUUUUUUAACAAAAACACGCAUAAUAAAAAGCAAUAACAAAUACAAGCAAUUACCAAGGUAAAAAUAAAAAUCCUGUCGGAAAAUCAAGCAAUCGAAAAAAAACUUAAAAGUAGCCGAAAAAUUCUAAUGACAAAAUCACACAACAAAAUAUGCAUUUAUUAUACAAACUAAAAAUAAAUUCACACAAAUAAAUAUACAAAACAGGAAAGUUACUCGGAAAUUUAACAGAAAUAGACGUUUAAAAAUUAAAACCAUUUCUCGCAAACCACAAAAUCUUUGACUUUUGUCUGCAAAUUCGCAAAAAUAAAAACAUCAGUCGAGUCACCUAUAAAUUAUAAAGUAAAAUUAAAGUCCGCAGAAAUCGACAAAAAAAACCAACCCAAAUUAUAAAACUUUUAAUAACAAACCAAACAAUAAUAAAAUUGCGAACUCACUGGAAAUACCCACGAAAUCGGUUCAAAAAUUCUGAAAUCGGUUCAAAAAUAAUUCCCCAAAAAUAAAACACUGGAAACAUUCAAUAUAGUAUAUACAUUCGAGGCAUUUAUAGACCACAAAUCACAGCAUAAUUUCCAAAAAAAUCAACAAGCAAUAUUUUCAAAUUUUCAAGUACUGGGAAAAAUGCUUAUCCGAAAUAGAUAUUGAGGAUUUUCGAGGAAAGCCCAACCAAAUUUUUAGCUGCAAAGAGUGCAUAUCUAGAAAUAAAAUACAAAUUUAUGGCUCCGCGUCGCAACAGCAAUAUUAGCAGCAGCGGUAACAGUACCCAGCAGCAGCAGCAACAACAUCAGCAACAGUUGCAGCAGCAAACCCAAACGCAGCAGCAGCAAUUCCUGCAGUUCUACGCGGAGAACACGAACUCUGCAGGCGUUUUAAUGGCGCCCAUGCAGGGAUCUGGGGGCGUUGGAGGGGGCGUGGUUCGCUGCUGCCUACCCAGUGGAGAUUGUCGAAAAUUGGAUGCUUUGAUACCCUUGAAUGAGUUAUCCUUGGCGGACUGCAUACGAGUACUCUGCAACAAUGAGAACUGCAGUGCAGGUCAAUAUAUGCAUCGCGAGUGCUUCGAAUUGUGGGAGGCGGGCGUUUUGCAGACCCUCAAGGCUAAUAGUAGAGCUCGAUCCUGGUCGGAGAGGCAACGCCUUCAGCAUUUGUGGACCAAAAAGGGUUACGAGCUGGUCCCCAAGGCCUGCAGCUGCAAAUGUGGCAGAGGACAACUGCGAAAGGAUCUCGAUUGGGUGGCACCAACCAAUCAGGGUGUAAUAUACCUCAAUGGAACUGGUAAUCGGGGUAAUCUGAAUGGAAAUUUGAGCGAGGACGAUGAUAAGAAGAAGGCUAAGAAAAAGAGGAACCGUAAUAAUAACAACGGAGGCGGAAAUUCUAAGACCCCACUCAGCAACAACAAUGGUAAUAGUUAUGGCGGACUAACGCCCAAUCCAAAUGUGGGUGUUAUAGGGUCGGGUUUGCCUCACAACAAUGGUAAUACCAAUACUGUUAAUACCAACAAUGGCCCUUCGGAGCUUCUGCAACCCAGUGUGGUGGCCACUUUGAGCAAUAUCCUCAAUCCGAACAAUGUCCUGGGCCUGGAUUUAAGGGCAAGAGCCGGCAGUUUGUCCUCCAGUGGAGCUGGUAGUGGUUCCACAUCGCCAUCGGCCUCGCAAUCCAGUGCAGAAAUAUCUGUAUCCCCUGUGCAGCAAUUGCUGCAACAGCAGCAGCAACAGUCGCUGCUCAUGCAACCUUUGGGUCCCGCUUUCGGCAGCAAUCUUCAGAAUGGAUUGGGUCUGUCGAAGAACCUUCUGAUUGCUUCCCAAAAGCAACAGCAGCAGCAACAGAACUUGACGGCUUUGGCCAACAUCAGCAACUUUAAGCCAUUGGCCAGCUAUGAACAGCAGCAACUUGUGCAGCAGCAGAAGAACAAGGAGGUCGAACUCUAUUCCGAGCGAGUGCGCUCCACUUCUGGUUGCAAUGGGAUCUUUUCGCGUCGCCUGGACUUUUCGUCGUUCAAUUCGCUGCCAAAGACUCGUUUGAAUUCUUAUCAAGUCAAGAUCGAGGACGAGGGCAACCAUGGCAACGAUGAGACGCGCCUCUUCAUCCUCUCCUCGCUGGCCCAAUCGCAGAUGAGCCGGGUGGCCUGCAUUUUGUGCGAGGAGCCGCUGCUCGUAUUCGAUCGCUAUCCAUUGGUCGACGGCUCCUUCUUCCUGAGUCCCAAGCAGCAUUCCAGCGGCUGCAUUGAGGUUAAAUACGAGGGACGCACUCUCUACUUGACCUGUGUUUGCAUGAGCUGCCUGGACGGGACCUCCAGCAGUCGCGUUAUCAACUGCAGAUUCUGCAAGGAGCCGUGGGAUGGCUCGAGCCUGGUUCUGGGCACCAUGUACGCCUAUGAUAUCUUUGCGGCCAUGCCCUGCUGCUCCGAGAGGUUCAAGUGCAAUAACUGCUUCAAGAUGCUGAUGCAUCCGCAGCAACGGCUGAGCUUCUACAGUGACUACUCGCACGGGGUAACUUGUCCGUACUGCAACACGCAGGACACGCACUUCGUGAAGCCCCUGAGCUUCUGCUACGCCAAGAGCCCGGCGGCGCGGCUGCCGACGCUCGCAUAACAUGAGGCCCCGUUGGAGUCGCCCGUGGGAACAGGUGCCACCGCCACUCAGGUGCCAAAUGCCCAGGGCGCUUCAACGGCCUCCAGCUGCAGUUCCAUCGCCAAGCAGCCAGCCAAACAGCAGCUCUACAAUGCCGCCAUCGAUUAUUCGGCACCGCUGCAGCAGCAAAUUAAUCCAGAUUUGAUUGGAGCCCAUCCGCAUGCCCAGCAGCAUCAGCAGCAGGUGCGGCAGCAGCAACAGCAGCAGCCACCACAACAGCAGCAACAACAACAGCAACAGCAGACACAACAGCAUCAGUCACAACAGCAACAGCAACAGCAGCAGCAGCAACAUCAGCCUGCGGUCAGCACUUUUCAGAGGAACAACUUUCCUCAACAGUCCCAUAAAACCAUGAACAUGAUGGCCAUGGCAGAUGUGAUGAGCAAGUACCAACAGCAGCAGCAACAGCAACCGCGCCAGCAGCAACAUACACAGCAGCAACAUGCAACGCAGAAGGGACUCGAGGGCCUUCUACUGACCAAUUCAAACACAAGCAACAGCAGCAGCAGCAGUAUUAGUAACUUAAUCAUUAGCCAUAAUUCAGCCAGCAAUCCAGGCAGCAAAAUCCAACCCAACUGGGGCCAAAGCGAUGCCAUCUCGGCAUUGUGGGGCUGUUCCAGCAGCAGCAGUGGUUGCUCCUCGGGCAGUGGAUCGCAGCCCUCGUUGAGUCCGACGGCCAGCAGUCAUGGCAACGAUAAUAGCUCCAAGAUGAUGUUGUGGGCGACCCAGAGUUCGCCCCAAAACGCUGCAACACUCAGGGAUGGAUUCAAGGAGUUGCAACAUCAGCAGCAGCAGCAACAGCAGGUGCAACAGCAACUGCCACAUGCAGCCUCGCCCACAGCCUCGCUGACCAGUUCCAGCUCCUCCUCGAAUGGAUGGAGUGCCUCGCAUUAUGGCAAGCAGCCCAAUAUCUGGGAGCUGCCAGGAUCUGCUGGCCAAAGAACACCGGCCAGCAGCCACGACAUCUUCACCGAUCUCCUGUGCAACCUGAGCAUCAGUCAGGAUAAUAGCAGCCAGCAGGCUAAAACCGCCGAUGCCUCCGAUGUCAGCUCGAAUUCCUCCUCGUCGGCCGGGGAACUCCUGGAUGCGGCCAAUAUUUGGAGAUUUCCGGAAUAUGCCAACCAGAUUUAUCCCGAGGAACCCACUGGCGGUGCUGCCGCUUGCAUGCAGCUCUUCAACGACUAUCUCAACAUGAACUAAACAUAGACGAUUUAGGAGCCACAAAUCGCCUGCAGCAUUUGUUACUCUAGCUAAAUUUAAAAAUGAUAUAACGAAGAAAAAGAGUAAGCAGGAGAAGGAGAGGCAUACCAAGCUACUCUUGGAGCAAAGUUUUAGUUUUUUAAAUCAUUUGAUUUUUUUAUCCAAUUACACAAGCACACAUUUAAAACCCGAGAGAAAACAAGGCAAACUAAAAACAAUUUUCUUGUUA